UUAUUUGUUUGGAAAAUUGUGGAGUGUAAAGUGUUGAGUUAAUUAGAAUUUAAUUGUUCGGCUUGUUUUAUUUGUUUUCUCUUUUUUUCUCUGUUAAAUUUAUAGAUUUCGAUUAAAUGGGAAAAUGAUUAACGGUGAACCGAGUGGCUCAGGUGUACCUGCAACCUCUGCUGAUGCUUGUCAUUCCAUUGUGGUAAGUUUGAUGUGCCAUCGUCAAGGAGGUGAAACCGAGACAUUUUCAAAAAGAGCCAUCGAAUCAUUGGUUAAAAAAUUGAAAGAAAAAAGAGAAGAAUUAGAUUCUUUAAUUACUGCGGUAACAACUAAUGGAUCAUUACCAUCUAAAUGUGUUACAAUACAAAGAACUCUUGAUGGAAGGUUACAGGUAGCUGGUCGUAAGGGUUUUCCUCAUGUAACCUAUGCAAAAAUUUGGAGAUGGCCAGAUCUUCAUAAGAAUGAAUUAAAGCAUAUUAAAAGUUGUCAAUAUGCUUUUGACCUCAAACUGGAUUCCGUCUGUGUUAAUCCUUACCAUUAUGAAAGAGUUGUUUCUCCAGGUAUUGAUUUAUCUGGUUUAACUUUAUCCAAUUCAUCUCAUGGUUCAACUGUUGAUCAUGAUCAAUCAUCUUCACACCAUCCUGGGCCCUCCAUUAAAAAUGAAUAUCCUUCAACUUCAUCCAUUGUAAACUUACCUUCACCACCAUUUACUGGUCCUGAACCAUUUACACACCAAACCAAAGCUGCUCCCUUUUGGCCAUCACAUCCAGUGGCUUCUGUUAUACCACCACCUCCACCACCACAACUUCAACAUCAACAUCAACAACAACCACAACCAUCAUCACUACCACUACCACCACCACCACCAUCUCUACCUGACACCUCACUGGUGACGCAACCCUUAUCAGAUCUGCCCCCACCAGAAUAUUGGUGUUCCAUAGGUUAUUUUGAAUUAGACCAACAGGUCGGUGAACUUUUUAAAGUGCCAUCAACAUUUAAUUAUGUCAAAAUUGAUGGUUACGUUGAUCCUUCAGGAGCAGAUCGAUUUUGUCUUGGUGCUUUGUCUAAUGUUCACCGAACUGAGGCAAGUGAAAAAGCUCGUCUUCAUAUUGGAAAAGGUGUCCAAUUGGAUCUCAGAGGUGAAGGAGAGGUUUGGUUACGAUGUCUAAGUAACAACGCUGUUUUUGUACAAAGUUUUUACCUUGACCGUGAAUGUGGUCGCACACCAGGCGAUGCCGUACACAAAAUCUAUCCACAAGCUUACAUAAAGGUCUUUGAUCUUAGACAGUGUGCUCACCAAUUACAACAACAAGCUAAAGCUGCUCAGGCUGCCACAGCAUUACAGGUAGUUGCUGUUGCUGGUCAUCUACCUGUACCAUCUUCAUUAACUCCAGGAAUAGGUGUUGAUAAUCUAAGGAAACAAUGUAUUAUUAGAUUAUCUUUUGUUAAAGGUUGGGGAAAUGAUUAUCCAAGACAGACAAUUAAAGAGACACCCUGUUGGAUUGAGGUUCAUCUUCACCGGGCUUUGCAACUACUUGAUGAGGUUUUACACACGAUGCCCAUUCAAUCAUGAGCUAAAUUAACCGAAAAUCAAGAAUUUAAAAUUAAAACAAAACACAAAUUACAAGACAAUAAUUUGCAUGGAAUCUUAAAAGAAACAAUUGUGUUUCAUCAUCAUCAUCAUCUUCAUCAUCAUCAUAAUCAUCAUCAUCUUCAUUUUCAUCGUUAUCAUCAUUCAUCAGUGACAUUGUGAAAAACGAAAAAUCAACAAGGAGAAUGUGAUUAAUUAUAAAUAAUUAUUAAGUAGAAAAACAAAAAAUCGUUUGAUAAUUAAUUUGUGUUUUCUUUUUUUUUGAGCAACAAUUUAAAUUAACUUAAAAAUAAUGUCCUUUUUGGUUGCUUGAAAGAGCUAAUUAGUUAUCAGAGAAGAAGAAAAAACAAUGAAGAUCGAAACAAUAUUGAUUGUUGACUUUUCUCUCAGUUGAUUAAACGUGGAUUUUUUUUGUAUUUUGUUGAUUAAUUAAUGGAUUAAUUAAAUGAUGAAUGAUGGUUAACCAA